AUGGUCCUCAAAGAAGCAGUCAAGACCGACAAGGCUCCCCUCCCCUUACCCUUCUUCUCGCAAGCCAUCAAGUGCCAAGGAAUGGUUUACUGCUCCGGCUCUAUUGGCACGGAUCCAGUAACCAUGAAGCUCGUCGAAGGAGGUGUUGCAGAUCGCACUGAACAAGCACUCAAGAACCUCAGCGCGGUCCUCGAGGCAGCUGGCUCGUCCAUCGACAACGCGGUUAAAGUGAAUGUCUUCCUGACUAACAUGGAGAACUUUGCUGCUAUGAAUAAAGUCUAUGAUGGGUUCUUUUCCAAGGAGCCGAAGCCGGUUCGGACUUGUGUUGCGGUGCAUCAGUUACCGUUGGGUACUGGUGAGUCUUCCUACUAUGGUUGUACGAUGAUGCAUGGCUGA